CUAAAGCAUCCAAUGAGAAAGAUGGCUCUCACUUACUUGACAUUGUUGUUCAUUGGUGCAGUGGUUCUUGCCACUCCAUCUCUGGCUGAUUACCAAAAGCCACCUCAAUAUGAGCAUAAGCCACCAACUCCUUUCACUAGGCCUCCUCCGAAGGAGAAGCCUGAACCACCUGUUUACCCACCUCCUGAGGCAGAGAAACCACUGCCAGAGCACAAACCACCAAUGCCUGCUCCUAAGCCUCCUAAAUUCGAGAAGCCAUUCCCUAAGCACAAGCCACAUCCACCAGUUUACCCACCUCAGAAGGUAGAGAAGCCACUUCCAGAACACAAACCACCAAUGCCAGCUCCUAAACCUCCUAAAUCGGAGAAGCAUUUCCCAGAGCACAAGCCACACCCACCUGUUUACCCAUCUCCGAAGGUAGAGAAGCCGGCCCCAGAACACAAGCCACCAAGUCCAGUUCACAAGCAUCCUAAAGCAGAAAGGCCAAAGCCUGAGCACAAGCAACCGAAUCUGCCUCCCAAGGUAGGAGCAGCACCACCAGUGCACCAACCCACACCAAAACACAGGCCAGGAACUCUGCCUCCCAAGGUAGGAGCACCAGCCCCAAUGCACAAGCCAUUACCACCUUUCGGUCACGACCAUGGACACCCUCCAAGGAACGAAGCCGAAGCUCCUCACAGACCACCCAGGAAGAUGAUGCCUCCUGCUUCUCCGCACAAAAAGCUACCUAGCCCACACUACAUGCCACCCCAUAGCCCUCCAUCACCUACCCAUAAUUGAGUUACGAUUACAGAUAUUUCACCUAUAAAAUAAGAACUUACUG